AUGGGCGUUUGGGUUUAUAUUGAGCCUUCCUCCGCAUUAUUUCCAGCUACAGUGCAAGCAACUUCUGUUCAUCAUCUUGUUAAUGUGAAAGCGAAGAGAUUGGCUUUUAAGGUAAUAUUUAUUAUAUUUGGGGAGGUGGAAUUGCGGAGCAUCGUUGUUUUCAUGAAAAAUUUGAACUUUUAGUGUUUUUAACUGGUGGAAUCGCGGAGCAUCGUAAAAACCCCCUAUUUUUACAGGUUAAAACCUCAAACAAUGAGCAAUAUUCAGUGCGUCCAGUGUUCGGUUUCCUGGAUCCAAAUAGAUAUGAAAAAUUUGAAGUUCAAAAAAUGAUUGGACCACCGACUGAAGACAAGAUUAUAGUUCAAUAUAUCGAGGUAUCGGAUAUGAUUGAAAAUCCACGAACACCUUUUUUACCUGAAUACAUUGACUAUAGAGGUUCGGGGAUUAAAGAAGUUGUUUUGCUUGUGAAAGCCACGUAGAAAUCGGGGAGAAAAAUGAAAAUAUACAACUUUUUAUACUUGUUUUAUGAAGAUUUUUUAUUCGGAAACAAAGUUGUUUCAGAAAAUCUGAUUUUCAUUUUCAGACAUUGCUCAUAUCAAAGUCGAAUAA